AACUAAACAAGCUGGGGAGCGAGAGCUGGUUUGGAUUUGAUUUUUCCAUUUGUCACUUUUCAUUCAUUCAUUCAUUCAUUCAUACUACACACAAACGAAAAAACAGAUCCUUCCUUCCUCUCUCACCUUAUUCUUCUUCUUCUUCUUCCUUCUCUCCCUUCAGAGAUACACACUGAUAGAUCUGAUAGGAUUGGAAUUUUGAUAAAGAAAGAAAGAUGAUAGCGAUUCCGUACCUGACCGCUCUAACCACAUACUUCAGCUAUGGCCUUCUCUUCGCUUUCGGUCAAUUCAGAGAUUUCUUCCGCAAACUCAUUGAUUGGUCCAAAGCUAACACCCUUCAAGGUUACGCUCCGAUCUGCUUAGGCCUCGAGGAUUUCUAUAUCCGCCGUUUGUACCUCCGUAUUCAGGACUGCUUCGGAAGACCAAUAUCAAGUGCCCCUGAUGCUUGGUUUGAUGUAGUUGAACGCUACUCGAAUGACAAUAACAAGACACUGAAACGGACUACAAAAGUAAGUAGAUGUCUCAACUUGGGAUCAUACAAUUAUCUUGGUUUUGCUGCCGCAGAUGAAUACUGCACACCUCGAGUUAUUGAGACAUUGAAGAAGUAUUCACCGAGCACUUGCAGCAGCCGUGUAGAUGGAGGCACAACUGUACUUCACAAUGAAUUGGAGAAAUAUGUUGCAAGCUUUGUUCGAAAGCCAGCUGCUAUAGUUUUUGGUAUGGGCUAUGUGACAAACUCUGCUAUUCUUCCAGUGCUGAUGGGAAAGGGAUGUUUGAUUAUCAGUGAUUCGUUGAACCACAAUUCAAUUGUUAAUGGUGCACGAGGGUCCGGAGCAACCAUUCGUGUUUUUCAACACAACAUUCCAUCACAUCUUGAGGAAGUACUUAGAGAACAAAUUGCUGAUGGACAGCCAAGGACUCACAGGCCUUGGAAGAAGAUAAUUGUCAUUGUGGAGGGAAUAUACAGUAUGGAAGGAGAGCUCUGCAAGCUUCCAGAGAUCAUAGCUGUAUGCAAAAAAUAUAAGGCCUACACAUACUUGGAUGAAGCACACAGCAUUGGAGCAGUGGGCAAAACAGGAAGAGGGGUUUGCGAGCUAUUAGGUGUGGAUACUGCUGAUAUUGACAUCAUGAUGGGGACCUUUACCAAAUCAUUUGGAUCAUGUGGAGGUUACAUUGCAGGAUCUGAGGACCUUAUAAAAUACUUGAAGUACACUUGCCCUGCUCAUCUUUAUGCAACUUCUGUUUCGCCACCAGCUGCACAACAAAUAAUAUCGUCCAUAAGAGUUAUCCUUGGAGAGGAUGGUUCCAAUAGAGGUGCCCAGAAACUUGCAAAAAUUAGAGAAAAUAGCAACUUUUUCAGGUCAGAACUGCAGAAGAUGGGAUUUGAAGUUCUCGGAGAUAAUGAUUCUCCUGUGAUGCCAAUAAUGCUUUACAAUCCUGCGAAAAUCCCUGCCUUCUCUAGAGAGUGUCUCAAGCACAAUGUUGCUGUUGUGACAGUGGCGUUUCCAGCAACACCACUGUUACUUGCCAGAGCACGCAUAUGCAUAUCUGCUUCUCAUUCAAGGGAAGACCUUGUGAAAGCCUUGCAGGUUAUCAGCAAAGUUGGUGAUCUAGUUGGCAUAAAAAUGUUGAAGAUAGUAGGAGUUAUAGAAAGCAUUUGUGUUUGGAUUGUGAUUGUUAAGAGUUGUCCGAGUUCAACGAGACCAAGGGCAUCAACUCCAAUGGUGUUCGAAGACCAGGCGGCUAAAGUGGUGGUGCAGAAGUUGAGGGAAGAAGGAGAAGAGAACAGAAGAUUAGUAAUUUCAGAAGUAAUUUUGAAUGAGUGGAUUAAUGGCUCUUCAAAACAAAAUCCAGCAAAAGUCGUUACAUAUCAACCAAUUUAUGAGGGAAUUAAAGGGUUGCAGAUUGUGAGGGUUAUUAUGAAGCAAACUCAGAAAACACAGUUACAUGGGGUUAAGAAGAAAAGUUUUAUGGGGUCACAAUCUGGGUCGGGUCUAGUGGAUAUGGAUAAGGAUUCUCGAACUAUAAGGGAACAACAGGUGAGCCUGGAGAGAGAUGUGCUUGUGUCACCAGAAGGAGAGAACGGCGUGGGAGAUCCUCAUGGGGCACGAGCUGGCUGGACGGUGGGCAAGAAAGGCUUCGCCGCAGGAGUAAAGGAACAAUGUCGGCAAGUCGAAGCUCUUUUUCGGCGCAACUCACUAUGCCUCGCGAUGAUGGAGAGGAAGUUGAGACUGAGAUCCGAGCCUACACAUUCUCGAUAA